CAUUCCGCACAGAGGACGCCGCAGAAGUUAAAAAUGUCAAACAUUAAUGUCUAAAUCCUAGUUUUCAUCUGCACACAUCUGUUUGCACAUUUCUAACAGGACUUCAGUCGCGUGCAUCCGGGCACGCGGACUCGUAUCACUGCUGCUCUCUGGGGCGCGUGCAGAGGCGCGAAGCACCGUCUGACACGGACAGGCCCGCGCCGCGGAACCGGACAGCAGGAACAUUUCCGGGCACAGAUGUCAGGCACGAGGCCCCGGAGCAUGCUCCGUGAAGCUUCUCAUCAGAUCAUCGCGGGCGGAUCUGCAGGUCUGGUGGAGAUCUGCCUGAUGCAUCCGCUGGACGUGGUGAAAACAAGGUUUCAGAUCCAGAGAGGAGGCGCUGACCCCAGCAGCUACAGGAGCCUGUCGGACUGCUUCAGGACCGUUUUACGAACAGAAGGAUUUUUUGGCUUCUACAAGGGAAUCCUGCCUCCAAUUUUGGCUGAGACUCCAAAGAGAGCAGUCAAGUUCUUCACCUUUGAGCAGUACAAGAAGCUCCUGGCUUUGACCCCCCUGUCUCCGGGUUUGGCGCUGUCUGCAGCGGGGCUGGGCUCAGGUUUAACGGAGGCCGUCGUCGUCAACCCGUUUGAAGUGGUGAAGGUCGGUCUCCAAGCCAACAGGGACUCCUUCAAAGAGCAACCGUCCGCCUUCGCACAAGCCCGGCGCAUCAUCCAGGUGGACGGGUGGGGGCUGAGGGGCCUGAACAAAGGGUUAACCUCCACGCUGGGACGCCAUGGAGUUUUCAACAUGAUCUACUUUGGCUUCUACUUCAACGUGAAGGACGCCGUUCCUCCCAGCCCGGACGCCACGCUGGAGUUCCUGAGGAAGUUCACCAUCGGCCUCCUGUCAGGAACCAUCUCCUCCUGCGUCAACAUUCCCUUCGACGUGGCCAAGAGCCGCAUCCAGGGCCCCCAGCCCCAGCCGGGGCAGAUCAAGUACCGCACCUGCCUCCAGACCAUGGCUCUGGUGUACCGCGAAGAGGGGUUCUUGGCGCUCUACAAGGGCCUCGUUCCCAAGAUAAUGAGACUCGGACCAGGCGGAGCCGUGAUGCUGCUGGUGUAUGAAUACAUGUCAGGAUGGCUGCAGACACACUGGUAACACUCAGGGGGGGUCACAGAGCGGGUUUUUCUAAUAAAGGAAAACGUUUGAAAUA